UGCGGUGCGGGCGAUGGCGGUUCCCAUGGCGAUCGGGCCUGGCCCGGGCUGCCGCCUGCUCCUCGCCGCUGGGCUGCUGGCGGCCGCCCGCUCGGCCCUGCCGCCGGGCACCGGGCAGUGCGCGCAGCGGGACCGCUUCGAGGAGGAGCUGGUGCUGAAGCCGCUCAGCUCCGGCGACGUGGCGGCCGGUUUCCAGUUCCGCACCCGCUGGGACGUGGAGCUGGGGCCGGGGGACGGCAGCGGGAGCCGGGUCUCUCAUUACAGACUUUUUCCAAAGUCACUGGGGCAAGUACUCUCCAAAUUCGCUGUGCGUGAGCUGCACCUUUCUUUCACUCAUGGUUUCUGGAGGUGGGCAGUGUGGGGGCAGCCUUUCCUACAGGCCCCACCAGGGGCAGAGCUCUGGGUCUGGUUCCAGCCAUCAGUUACAGAUGUUGACACUACCUGGAAGGAACUGACUAAUGUUCUCUCAGGCUUAUUCUGUGCAUCUCUUAAUUUCAUUGAUUCAACGAACACUGUUACUCCAACGGCUUCUUUCAAACCUCUUGGCAUCAUUAAUGAAACCAAUCAUAACUACCUAAGGUAUGCGGCACUGCCAAGAGAGAUUGUGUGCACUGAAAAUCUUACUCCAUGGAAAAAGCUCCUGCCUUGUGGUUCAAAGGCAGGGUUGGGAGUGCUGCUGAAAGCUGAGCGGUUAUUUCACACCAGUUAUCAUUCACAGGCUGUCCACGUCAGACCUGUUUGCCGGGAUCAGCUGUGCACCAGUAUCUCCUGGGAGCUGACACUGAGCCUGUCUGUCGUGUUUGACCUUCAUGCUGCCGGCUCUGGGAAAAGAGAGUGGUCCCUGUUUAAGAUGUUUUCACGAACACUAACGGAAGUGUGUCCUCUGGCAUCACAAAGUACAAUUUACGUGGAUGUCACCGACAAGGAGAAGGCUAAUGACACCUAUGAACUGAUGCCACCAGCACCCAUGUGGCUUAACACAACAGUACAUGGUCAGUGGAGAUCCUAUGCCAUGUACAACUUGCUGAAUCCUCAGCUGUACAGUGUAUCAUCACACUCCUUAAACAUAGUGUUAAAAUGGAAACCAUCCAAACAGUUUGCGGUUCCUGAAGUGCCUGUCUUCCAUGCAGAGAGGUAUGUGAGUGGCUUUGGCCUUUGGACAGGAAAGAUCAACACCUUGAUCUACAAUAAUCACCCCUACCGAUCAUUCCCAGUGUUGCUGAUGGAGGUUGUACCAUGGUACCUUCGGCUCUAUGUCCACACACUCACCAUCAACACCAAGGGCAAGGAUAACAAACCAAGUUACAUUCACUAUCAGCCAGCAAAAGACCGAGAGUGUCCUCAUCUACUGGAGAUGCUAAUUCAGUUGCCUGCCAACUCUGUCACUAAGAUCGGCAUCGAGUUUGAGAGAGCUCUCUUAAAAUGGACGGAGUACCCUCCCGAUCCCAAUCACGGCUUCUACGUUGGCUCAUCUGUUCUGAGUGCGCUGGUGCCAAGCAGUGUAACUAUGGAAACCAAUAACACGAAACCCAUGCCUCUUUUCAACAAACUGUUUCCAUUCGUCGACCCCUCGGUUUACUUUGUCAGACUCUACACUGAAGCCUUGCUGGUGAACUUACCCACGCCUGAUUUCAGCAUGCCCUACAAUGUCAUCUGCUUGACCUGCACUGUGGUUGCAGUUGGUUAUGGCUCCUUCUACAACCUGCUCACAAGGACCUUCCAGAUUGUCGAGCCCACUGGUGGGGUGGCAAAGAAGAUUGCAAAUGUAAUCCGUAGACUGCGUGGGGUUCCACCCAUCUGAAGUUGCCAAAUUUAUGAAUGUGGGGCUGGGAAAAGGACCAGUAUCAAAAUCAAUGACUGCUCCUGAGUUGAGUUAUCUGCGUUUCAUUGCUGCAGUGGUUUCACAUGCUCUUCAGUUGAAAUGAAUUGGGCACUGGAAAGCUUUGAUGUGCUGUGGAGCUACUGUAUUCACCAGGUCAGGCACUGUGAACUGCUUGCUGUGAAGUUUGAAUAACAUGAGUGGGGAGUGUGUAUUGAGCUGCCUUCUGUGCAGUAUGUGGUGUGGGGGUGGGGGGGGGACUGGCAAAACUGAUAAACUACAAUAUGUGGUGGCAAUGCAUUUUAAGGUUUCUAGCAUAGUUUCUGCUAUGUUAGAAACUGUUAUCAUCUGAAUCUCUUUAUACACCAGCUUCUUUAGUCCCAUUUCAUUUUGGGGGGUGGUUUUUAUAAAUGGACAUUAUAAAUUGAAGAGGGUGGGGUUGGUGAGGAGGGAGUAAAUUUUGCUUACUAUCCAUAGCUUGGUGUGCCCUGCUGAGGCUUACUGCUGGAAGCCCCAUUUUGUACCAUCAUCACUCCUGUUUGCACUGACACCCAGGCAACUAACAACAGACACCUUUUCAGAGCUCGUUGGUCAGUAACAUUGCAAGUGUAGACAAUGGAGCUUGCAACAGGCAUUUGACUCAAACCUCUUUCUCAGUCCAGUCCAGAGUUUCCAGAGGACACUAAGGUGUCCUCAGUCCAGUGACAUUAAGCUAAAAAUGAAAGGAUUGAGUGAUACCAUUUAAAGCUUGGAUUUGAUCUUUUCACUGGUAACAAGCUCUUGAAAAGAUUUUGCCCUGGUUUAAAUGCCGUGAUUUUAUAGAGACCAUCUCACACUUUUAAAGUACCGUUUGCAUGGCUCAUGGUGCUCCCCCACUUUAUACCCUGAACUUCACACAUGUUUUCUUCCAUUUCCUGUAGCUUGAGGGGUUUGAAAUCCUGAUUCCAAUCUUCCCCCGUGGCAUUAAAUAACUUUGUCGCCAUGACAGAGGUCCUCCUGUGAUGAAGGAUCCUCCUGUGAUGAAGUGGUGCCCGUUCUCAAUGUUCAGCCCUAGCUACUGCCAAUAUGAGUUCAUUCUCCUUUAAGUAUAUUAGGGCUCCUGUAAGCGAACUUAUUUCCAUUCAGGAAGCACUCCACUGGUUAUGAGGAGCUCAUUCAUCAUUUCUAGGCCCAAUUAUAGUGAGAAUUUCAAUGUCCUCACUUUUAAUCUUGUGGAAUAAUUGAAAUAUUAUGUUUAAAAGACAAUGAACACUGAGUUAUGUUGCAAUUCCACAUGAACGUUUAUCACAAUGGUUGGGAUUAUAGAUAAAUUAUCUACAAUUUAUCAUUAAAUAUCUUUUGUCUGCAGUGAGUAAUGGGAUUGAAGCUACUCGAAACUGAGGUUAAAUGCUAUGUUUGCACCCCUAAAACUCUCCUCUUUUGAGUUCAUCUGCUAAAUAAAAUAUUGUCUGCUCUUCCUGGGA